AUGUAUCAAUCACAGGAUGAAUCUACUAAAAUCGACGAAGGGAAAGAUUUAUUGAAAACUGAUGAAAAAGUGGAACUCGAUGAAGAGAAAUCUUGUGAAUGUAAAGGACAAAUUAUCGCUAAAGAAAAAAUGAUUGAUUCAUUAAAAGCUCGUAUUGAGGAAUUAGAAACCGAUUCUAUUAUUAAAAAUCAAGAUAUCAAGAAACUUCAGCGAGAAACUAAAGAUUUGAGAGAAAGUUUUCAAGAAAUUCAGUCAAUUCUGAAAUCUAACAAAUUCCUACUUGGGAUAAAUAAAAAUAUCAAAGUUAAAGAAUUUAUCAAACCACCAAUUAAUUUAGAGGAGGAUAUACAUGAUAAAUUUGAUUAUGGUGAUGAUUCAUUUCGUUUCGAAUCUAAACUAGAAGUCAAGAAAGAAGAGUAUGAAUAUGAUUCAUUUAAUUUCGUAAAACAUGAUGAUUUAGAAGAUGAGGACAAGAUUUCAUUUGGGGAACUUUCGGAAAUUUCCGAAACCAAAGAUCUUUCAGAUACAUCAUUUUCGUCAACAGAAAAAAAAUCAACUUGUCAACAAAGUGAAAAUUACAAUAGCGCAAUUAAAGAUAUUCAUGCAACAAUUAUAAAUUUCAAUCACGAUGAUUUGGGCGUUUUACAAUUUCUAUAUAACUCCAAAGAUUUAAUGGAAUAUAAAAAUUCAAAAGAAUUUCAAACGUUGCCCAUUAAUCUUCAAGAAAUGAUUGGUUUAAAGAUUAAUUUCGAAGGAAAAUCGGAAAUUGAGGAUUCGAAUAAUCAAACAUGUGCGGUCAAACAUAUUGAUGUGAAAGGAGAAAUUAAAAAAUUAAGAAGUAUAAACAAAAAAAUAAUUGCAGAGAUAGAAUAUGAAAAGUUUAAGAGAUUCUCGGCCAGUAAAUAUAUUUGA